AAUUAUAGCGCACUUGAAUGUAUUUGUGUGCGUGAACUGGUGUACAACAGAAAUGGGGGAAAAGUAUGAAUGCUGUUUUUAUCAUAUCUUGGCUACCGUAAGCUGAAAGGUAAAACGGGUCGCUUUUAUCUAAAGGCAUUUUAGUAUUAACCGGAUCCCGUCGCUCGCUGUGUGCCUGCGGUGUGAUGGUCAUGGUGUUAAUGAUGGAAUCGCAAUGUGAAUACUUUAUGUAUUUCCCCGCCGUUCCCAUCUCGGACCUGUCGGACCCGGCCAGAUAUCGCACGCUUCCGCGUCGUAGCCACCUCUAUCUCGGGGAAACCGUGCGCUUUCUUUUGGUGUUGCGAUCUCAGAACGUCGCAUCUUGCACUGCGGCGGUUGAUGCGAGCGGGUCGGAGCAUCACUCCAGUCGCUCUUGGAGGGAGCUGGCCGGAUCUCUCUGCGCCGUGGCCAGCGUUUGCCCCGGCGAUAACCGACAGCGGACACAGCCUUUGUAUCACGACUACCACAGCAGCGGGGACGAGUGUGUGGAGGAUACGGACGAUGAUGAUGCUGCGGAGGUGGGCUGCGCAGGUAGAGGGGGCCCGCGCUGCCGGGGCUUUCGGGAAUGCAAGCCGCUUCUCAUUCAUAACAACACGGGCAACGGCGUGAGGGAAUUCCGCAAGGCUCCCGUGCAGUCUCCUUCGGAUGAGCCGGUGGUUUUAACUGAGGAGGUCAUCUUCCCUCUUACUGUGUCCCUGGAUAAACUCCCUGUCAACACUCUUAAAGUGAAGAUUAUAGUGACUGUGUGGAAGCAAGAAGAGGAGAAAGCUGAGAUCCAAGAACAUGGCUACCUCAGCAUCCUGCAACAGAAGAGCCCCUGCCAAACAUUUCGCCAGGACCUGAACUCCUUCAAAGCCCAGGUCAGCACCACGCUCAAUGUCCUGCCUCCCCCCACAGUGAAGUGUCAGCAAAUGACUGUUUCAGGCAGACACUUAACUGUCCUCAAAGUGUUAAACGGGAGUUCUCAGGAGGAAGUGAGUGUCCGUGACGUCAAGAUACUUCCCAACUUCAACACCUCAUACUUACCAAUGAUGCCAGAUGGUUCUGUGCUGCUGGUGGACAAUGUCUGUCACCAGUCAGGAGAGGUUGCCAUGGCAUCAUUCUAUAGGAUGGACAGCGAGUCUAGCCAUCUUCCCAGCACGCUCAGCGCUCUAGAAGAGCAAAACUUUCUUUUCCAACUGCAGCUCAGCAACCAGCCACAAGAUGAUUCAAAUGAGGGACUGGAGGUGCCGUUGGUAGCGGUUUUACAGUGGUCCACUCCUAAACUGCCCUUUACCAAUUCCAUCUACACUCACUAUAGUCUCCCCAGCGUGAGACUGGACCGGCCUCGCUUCAUCAUGACUGCCAGCUGUCCCAGUGCCGUCAAGGCCCGCGAGCAUUUCCGGGUGCGGUACACCCUCCUCAACAACCUGCAGGACUUUUUGGCAGUCCGACUAGUCUGGACUCCUGAAGCUCGUGGGCAGAAGGAUGACCCCGCAGUAAAUGCAGUGGUGUGUCAUUCUCCUCUCAGUAACCUCGGUUAUUGUCGGAAAGGCAGUACCCUCUCCAUCAGCGUGGCUUUCCAGAUACUCAGAGCAGGUCUUUUUGAGUUAAGUCAGCACAUGAAGCUGAAACUGCAGUUCACAGCAUCUGUCUCCAACCCUCCUCCUGAUGCCCGUCCUUUGUCUCGCAAGAACAGCCCGUCCAGCCCAUCGGUCAGAGACAUUCUGGACCGACAUCAGGCCAGCCUAAGUCUGGGCCGCUCUCAGUCCUUCUCGCACCAGCAACCGUCCAAGUUCCACCUCACAAGGACUGGCAGUGUUAUGGAGCGCAGGGCCAUCACCCCUCCCGUGGGCUCUCCUGUCGGUCGACCGCUGUACCUCCCGCCAGACCGGAACAUUCUGUCUCUCGACAAAAUUGCCAAGCGUGAGUGCAAGGUGCUGGUACUGGAUCCCCACACCUAAAUUCCCACACAAAUAUGCAUGGAGAGAGGUAGAGAUGGAAUUCUUGAACGGUGUCAUGAAGUAGUGGUUUGUCAUGUAAUAUGAUUUUGUUUUGUGCAUCUUUUUACCUGCAUUAACUGUUUACAUGCUGUAACGUGGUUCUUUUAAAGAUUUCAAUGCAAAAUAUGUGCAGCUAUACUGUUUUUGACAUUCUUUUCUGAAAGAAUGACUGAAGACACAUGUCACAGGGGUUAUGUGUUGGAAAUUACACUGAAGUUAGAUUUUGAAACUUUGUACUUGUAAAAACGUUUUAACCUGUCCUGCAUACAAGUUAAAAUGAUGUUGAUGCCGUUUUAAAAGGGGAGAGAAAAAUGCUUGGUCACACACUAUUGUGUUUCUGUCAUGUUUUGCAACCUAGUAUUGGAUAAAUGUCCUUGAACAAAUAAUUAUUGGAAUGCUAACAUUUCCCCACCCAUAUUUGAUCUUCUUUUACAUUCCAAUAAUUAUUUGCUUUACCUGUGAACGUGCUUUUAUUGUUUUUCCUAAUUACUUGAAAGGUGGUUUGCGAUGUUGUGUCUAUGAGCGGCCUACAUUUACUCUGGAAUUGUUUUGAACAAUCCAUGGAUGCUGUUAUGCGUUAGUUAGUUAAACGUUAGUUAAAUUCUGUGCAUAUAGGAGCCAUUUUGACUGCUGAAGUCAUUCCAAAAGGUCACCUGUCUAACGCAAACCACAGCUUUCCAAUAUUCACACAUCCUUACUCAUUAGUUACACAUAACUAAAUUCAUAUUUAUUGUGUAUAAAUUAUUUUACUGUUGGUCUACACAUUACAGUUUUUAAACCAUAACCACACACAAACGUUCAAUGCCUUAGAGCAAGCAAAUGAAGUAGUUGUAUUUUCCAAAGAUGGAGCUUGUGUUAUUUGCACAUGCCAUUUGAUUUAUGCUUAUCUUUUUUAAUGACUUUGUAAUAUAAUGCACACAUCACAUUCGUUUGAUGGCUUAAAGGGAUAGUCUACCUAAAAAGGAAAUUUCUUUCAUGAAUUACUCAUCCUCAAGUUGUUCCAAACCUGUACAUUUCUUUGUUCUGUGGAACACAAAUAUUAAUAUUAAUAUUUGGAUGAACGUUAGCAACUUAGAUUUCUGGGGCACCAUUGACUACCAUAGUACAAAUUUUUUUGUGUUUUUUUUGUUUGUUCUGUUAAACACAAAAGAAGAUAUUUGGAAGAAUUUAGGAAAACAAACAGCUCUGGGGCACCUUUGACUACCAUUUUUGACCACCCCAGAAAUCUCAGUUGCUAACAUUCUUCUAAAUAUCUUUCUUUGUCAGAACAAAAAAAAUGUAUACAGGUUUGGAAACAACUUGAGGGUGAGUAUUUCGAGACAGCUUUUUCAUUUUUGGGUGGAGUAUCCCAUUAAUUUGGGAUGUACUGUAUAUGUGAAUGCAGUGCAUUGUGGUUUUUUAAAAUUGCAUGAUCAUCAGAAGUGAGAUCAUCUUUCCAUCACAUUCCAGCUUAGUAUCAGGGCAGAUGCUGCCCACUCAAGUGCUAUUGAUUUCUGUGCAUUCACAUUGAACAUCAAUAUUUUACAGAGAGCUGUAAUCUACAAGUCCUUUGGUUGAACUGAUAAUCAAUAAUCAGCUGACAUAGACCAUUACAAUGUUUACAUAUCUGUGCACAUUUGCAGAGUGUUUUUGCUCCCACUAUCAACUACUGAAUAGUCCUCUGCACUGAAUCUUGCACAGGGUUUAUCUUGAAAUUCGUAUUUAAAGGAUUUUUAAUUUUCCCAAACUAAAAAUUCUGUCAUUAUUUACUCCCCCCAUGUAGAACACAAAAAGAGAAAUGUUCAGGAAUUUUCACACAGCUCCAGUUUUAAGAAGGAUUAUCAGCAAACAACGAUGUUCUUGCUGUUGGAUGGGUUUAGAAGGCUUGAGACAUAUUGUGAAAUAUUGUUAUUUGUCCUUUAUGAAGCUUAAGGGGAUAUUUCAGAGGCAAAACAAAAUUUCCCUAUGUUUGCUCACCCUCAAGGCAUCCUUACUGAAUAUGGCUUCCUUCUUGAAGAAUAAUGCAGUCGGAGGUAUAAUAGCUACCACGUAUCAUUUUUCUUCUGAGCGGUAGAAUGGGAGUGAAGGGGGAAGUGAAUUUUUUGAAGCUCCAAAAAGUGCAUCCAUCGAUCAAAGAACUGCUCGACAUGGCUCCAUGGUCUUAACACAGGUCUUCUGAAGCGAAUCGAUGCGUUUGUUUAAGAGAAAUAUACAUAUUGUUAUCCCUCGGCUGCGCGUGGACCUGAGGCUUAUUUUUCCGGCAAAUGACGCAGGCGUGUCGUAAUUUCUGGUGACGAACACAGCAUUUUUCAUUUUUAUCCAAUAGGAUACCGUCUCCUCUGUGCGGGAGCUUUCGUCACUGUCAUUUGCCGGAAAAACAAGCCUCUGGUUCAUGCGCAGCAGUGGGAUAACGGAAGCUAGACAUUAUUUUUAAUAGCGUUGUCAAAAUGGAUAUUUCUCUUAAACAAACGCAGAAAAUUGCCCCCCAUUCUACCAAUUGGAAGAAAAAUGACACGUGGUAUUAUAUCUCUGACGGCAUUAUUCUUCAAGAAGAAAGUCAAAUUCAGCCAGGCUGCCUUGAGGGUGAGUAAAACAUGGGGAAAUUUUGUUUUGCUUCUGAAAUAUCGCUUUAAUAGACAUAGUCACCAUUGUUGUGACUACUCUGUGUUCACCAGGACAAAUACCAGCAUCACUCUCGAGUUGUUCCAAAUCUGUAUAUCUUCGUUCGGAUGAACACAGAGAAAGAUAUUUGAAAGAAUGCUUGUAACCAAACAGUUCUUGGCCACCAUUGACUACCAUAGUCGGAAAAAUGACAAUGGUAGUCAAAAGUGCCUCAGAACUGUUUACUUUCCUAUUUUCUUAGAAAUAUCUUCUUUUGUGUUUAACAAAACAAAGGAAUUUAUAAAGCUAAUUUUCUUACUAUGGUAGUCAAUGGUGGCCAAGAGCUGUUUGAUUAUAAGCAGUCUUUCAAAUAUCUUGCUCUGUGUUGAUCAGUACAAAUAAAUUCAUACAGAUUUGGAACAACUCGGGCAGGAGUAAGUGUUGACAGAAUUUUCAUUUUUGGGCGAACUGUUCCUUUAAGUGUCAUUGAAUAUAAGCUCUUGAACGUUACUCUACUAUAAGAAACUAACAAACCUAUCCACCAGACAUCACAAAAUGUGAUGUCAAACCAAAAUAUGCAGAUAUAGUUUUAAUGUCAACACUGUGAUGUAUCUUUGUUAAAUUCUCUCUUUUUCUGCUUGUACUAUCCAUAUUUGCAACCAGGUCAGUUUUUGGAGUAUAUAAUUGUUCCUGUUUUAAUUUGUUGUGAAAAAAGGCUUCUUGACACAAUUAGACUCUGUACUGAAGAAGGAAAAGUUUGUAAUUUUUUUGUUUUUGCUUUCGAAGGAAUCAAGUGAUUACAUUUUAUUGGAACAUAAUUUGAACAUUUAUGUUCAUUUUGUUGAGUUAGCACUUUAUUUCAUUUUCUAAUUUAAUGUUCUUCAAAAGAAGAGGAAUGUUCAUUUGUUUUUUAGUUUAAAAAUGUGAAACUUUUGAACUUGUGUGUUCCCACCUCUUGACAAAUUCAAGCUUCAUGCCUAUAAAUACUCUGAGGUUAGAAUUUGUUCAAAAGUUUCCAAAACUAUUAAAACAUUUGGGUUGUUUUUAUGUAUAAGAAUUGUUGAGCCAGUAUGUUUCAUACUGAGCUUGUAUUGUAUGAUUGGACAUUGUUGAAGUGCCAAGAACUCUUCUUAAGGAACUUUCUUUUGGCACUCCUUAGUCAUUUAGAUAACUGAUGAAGCAAGACAUUGUUUAUUUUUUCCUCCAUGUAAUGCCUUGAAUGAAUGCUGUGAUUACAUCACUGUUUAAACUCACAAAUGUUCAGAGAUGAUGAGAAUGUGUGUGGUGUUGAUUAUUGGAUAGUUGCAUUUGAACAAAGAGGUUGAAUAAAUGCAGUCAGGG